AUGAUCACACGUGAUCUCUCUCUCUUGUUUGAGUGUGUGCUCCCUAUUGCCCUUGGUCUUCCCGCCUCCAGCCGCUGCUCUGCCUCCACUGCCUCCCGGCCGUCUGCUCUCUCCCACUCCUCGGCCGUCUGCCUCCCCACUCCCGGCCGCGCUGCCUUUCUGCCUGCUCGCUCUGCUCUCCCCCAUUUUCGGCCCCUGUCCCGUCUCCUCUGCUUUCACUCGCCUCUGCCCGUCCCUCGCCUCCCGGCCCCGUUGUAUCUCCCGCCUCCGGCCACAUCCUUGCCGCUGCCUGCGUUUCCACCGCCUCCCCGCCUCAUCCUUGCCACUGCUCUGCUCUCCACCGCUCCCUGCCCCUAUCCUUGGCCACUGCUCUGCUCUCACCACUCCCUGGCUGCCCUGCCUCCCACUCCUGCUGCUGCCCCUGUUCCGCUGUCUCGAGUCUCUACUUCCUCGGCCUGCCUGCCUCCUGCCCCGCGCCUGGCCUCGCCUCUCACUCCUGGGCUGCUGCUCCCGGCUCGCCCUGCUCCCUCGCCUCCCGGCCGUCUGCCCUCCCGCCUCCUGCCGCUGCUCGUCCUCUGCCUCCCUGCCCCUGCUCGCCUCACCGCUUCUCAGCCGCCGUCUGCCUCCCCACUCGCCGCCAUCUCGAUUUGA